UCAGCACACGAGGCAGUCUGUGCUGGAGGCUCCCAUGGCAGUGCUGUAGGCUGCGCUGGACUAGUCGCUGCUCUGUCAUUGCUUCAGCUGUCUGAAGAGCUCUGAAGGGAAGAUGUUGGACUUAAGCUUCCUGACCGAGGAGGAGUAUGAGAAGCUGAUGAAGGUUCUGCAGAGGGAUGCAGAGCUGAAGAAGAAGGACGGAGAUCGCAUCAGGCGGAUUCAGGGCUCCAUCAAGGAUGAAAAGAAGAAGAAAUUCGUGACUGGUGAAUGGUUUUCAGAAGUGAAGGCGAAACGAUUUCAAGAAGACUUAGAGGGGUCAGAUCUGCUUCGGGCAUCAAUUAGAAAGAAGAAGGGCAAACUGGAAAAUGAGCCUAACGAGUGUAUCCGGAGCAGUCUGGAUGGCAGAGCAGCCGCGAGUCCUCCCGUCCCGGAGCGUGCUGCCGGCGCAGGAGAGGAGAGAUCCAAUGGGGUCACAUUUGAUACUGCAGAGGAGCCUAAAAUUUUGCCAAAAGCAAAGCCAAGACGUCCUGUCCUGCUGUAUGCCUCACAGAAGAGAUCCAGUAUAGUUGAUGUCUCUUCCUCAGAGAGUGACACUGGAGCAAAUCUAUUUGUGGCUGCAACAGACAGCUUGCCUUUGUCUCGGAAAGGUCAUGGAGUAUCCCCAUUGCCUGCCAAUCUUUCAGAGGAUGCUGUGCCUCAGCCUGGCAGUUCAUCUGGAGGAGAUGCAGUUAAUGGAGCCACUGGCACCACAGCAGUGGCAAAAACUUCGCCUGAAGAAAUGUAUGGUCCCAGCAAGAUACCAGUUAAGAAGAAACCAAGCAGAACUUUCCCCAGAUCAGAACAGUUCGUGAAUCAUGUGGGCCCAGCUGAGGGCAGCCCCACCAAGAAGGAGCUGCUGGUAAGCCCCAAACCACUCAGUGCAGAGGGAGAAAACAGCCGGACUGUGAAGCAGGGCACGAACUACACAAUCUCUUCCAUGAGUAAUAGAGAGGAGGAUAUUGGCUUAGAUCGUGAACACUUCAAGAACUUGAAGAACUUUUGGGAGAAGGCAGCAGACUCCAUGGCAGGGGGAAAUGUUUCUGAGGACUCGGUGGAGGCAAGCAGCAGGCAGGUCAGGCUGAGUCGCUCGCUCUCUGUCCAGUCCAGCCAAAGCCAGGACAGUGAAGAAAAAUCUGUCAUCUCUACCAGAACAAGAACUCCUUAUAAAAGGACAAUAACUUUGUCUUCUAGUGAGGAAGAACCAAGCUGCACAGCCCCUGCACGAAAGGGCUCCAUUUCCUUUGGUCCUAAAUCCACGUAUGCCAAGAGCAAAGGCACACUGGUUGCAAGAAAUAACUCGCUGAAUGAAAGCAGUGGGAAGCUGCCUGUGCCAGAAGAAGAGAAGGCAGCACAGCGCUGCUCAAAGAAAUCCAGACUGCCUGUGCGGGUGCCUUCCAUCAAAAUAGAGUCGCCUACCAAAGAAGCGCCUGGCAGCACGUUUGAGCCGGAGACGCCCACGGAUGAGUUUAUCGUGGCAGAAGAGCACAAGCAUCAAGUGGAUUCACUGGUGAGCAGGGUGCAGAUACUGAUUGAGCCCACGCUUGCAGAUGACGAGAAAGAUGAUCAAAAGGAGCGAAGGUCUGAUUCGGGCACUCAAAACAACAUGGAAAUAAAUGGAGAGAUACCUGAGGAAAAAAUGUGCGAGUCUCCAGACAAUCCAACAGCCAGUGAACCAGCUGGAAAAAGAGAAGUCGUGCAGGGAAUGGACUCAACUGUUUACUCAGAGAAAGAUGGAGAUCGUUCUCCCGCUGCUCAGGCAUUGGCCCGAGCAAACAACAUUAAUCUCGCAAAGAGCAUGGUGAACAUCUACACAACCACAGAGACAUACAAUAAACCUCAUUUGAUACCCCAUCAGUUUCUUGAACCUGAAAGAGUGAAAGAGCUGAGCAGAUCCUCUCCUCUCCUGCUCUCUGAGACUGAAUCAGACACGGCUUCAGAAAUCAGCUUCCAGUUUAACAAGCACAAAAAGACGCCUAGCAUUGGCAGCCACUCCUCCGACAUGGCAUCUGUCUCCUCGGUGAGCGGCAGCGUGCUCAGCGUGUACAGCGGCGAUUUUGGGAGUGUGGAUGCCCAAGGUACCGUUGAGUUUGCUCUAGACUACGAUGAGAAGAACCGGGAGUUCCAGAUUCAUGUAUCCCAGUGCAAGGACCUAGCUGUUGUGGAUGAGAAGAAAGGCAGAUCUGAUCCGUAUGUCAAAACUUAUCUGCUUCCAGACAAAGCUAGAAUGGGUAAGAGGAAAACCUCUGUGAAGAAGAGAACAGUGAAUCCCAUUUACAAUGAGGUGUUGAGGUAUAAAAUAGAGAAAAUGGUAUUGCUGAUCCAAAAGCUAAAUCUCUCUGUUUGGCACAACGACCCUCUGGGACGUAAUAGUUUCUUGGGAGAGAUCGAAGUAGACUUGGCCAGCUGGGACUGGAGCAACAGGAAACUCAACUGGUACAUGCUGAAGCCUCGGAGUCUUUCUGCCAUUAAUGGUGUUGAUCAUCGAGGAGUGAUGAAUUUGUCUAUUAAGUAUGUCCCACCAGGAAGUCUAGGUCCCAAGAAUCCCCCCUCUGGUGAAGUUCACAUUUGGAUCAAAGAUGUCAAGGACCUGCUGCAGUUGCGUCCUUCUGGAGUUGACUCCUUUGUGAAAUGCUAUGUGCUUCCAGACACCAGUAAGAAGAGUUACCAGAAGACCCGAGUUAUAAAAAGAGACACAAACCCAGUUUUCAAUCACACUAUUGUGUAUGAUGGAUUUCACACAGAGGAUCUAAAGGAUGCUUGUGUUGAACUGACUGUGUGGGAUCAUGAAAAGCUAACCAACCAUUUCCUUGGAGGAAUCAGGCUGGGCCUUGGGACAGGUUUGAGCUAUGGCAUCUCCGUGGACUGGAUGGACUCCACGCAAGAGGAGGUGGCCUUUUGGCAGGAGAUGAUGUCAGCUGCCAAUGAAUGGAUCGAUGGAUUGCUGCCACUGCGCUCGCUGGCAGGGAGGAGAAAGCUGAAAUAACCCCCAUCUGUGCUCCGGAAAGGCUGAACAUGUUGGUUAGAAUUAACUUCUUGCACAGAGGUGAUGGAGACCAUC